AAAAAUAAACAAUUGUUGGUUUCUGGUAAGCUCUGAGACAUGUCUGAAAAUCCCAAAGAAUUCGGUUCUCUUUCUCUUUCAAUCUGAAUUCAACAAGACCAUAGCUGACCCGCAAAUCCGAUGGAUCUCCCGCCCCUAAUCGACUUAAACGACGACGUUACGGACGUCGUUUCUGCUGCCACUUCCCACUCUUACACUGACCCUUCAGGCACCAAAAUCUUCGACCGCUAUUUCUCCUCCUCCUCUUCUCCGACGAGAUCAAGACCCUCCUCCUCCUCCUCAGAUGAGGACGAAUCAUCUCAGCCGUCCAAUUCCACCAUCAAACGCCUCGACUACAUGAUGCAAUUCUUAGACCGGAAGCUCCACCUCAACGACGGCGGCGGCAACAACAAGAACGACAAACAUUCUUCUUCUUCCUUGAAUUCGCUUCCGGAGUUCAUCGCCAAAGGCGGGGAAAUUCCCAUGUUUAAGCCCCCGCUCAGGGCGGCGGUUCACCCGGGACGGCCGCCGAGUUUAGAGGUGAGGCCGCACCCGCUGCGGGAGAGUCAGGUGGGCUGUUUCUUGAGGACGAUUGUGGGGACGGAGAGGCAGCUGUGGACGGGCGGAGAGAAUGGGGUGAGAGUGUGGGAGUUCGGAGAGCUGUAUGAGGAGAGUGAGAGUGGCACAGCGCCGUUUAGGGAGUCUGUGAAGGGAGUGCCCGGAGUGACGUGUAUGGUGGGGGAUGAGGGUAGUGGAGUUGUGUGGAGUGGACAUAAGGAUGGGAAAGUUCGGUGUUGGAAGAUGAAGAUGAAUGGUUUGAAUGAAGGGUUUCGAGACGCCUUCGCGUGGGAGGCCCAUCGGGGACCCGUUCUUUCUCUUUGCAUUUCUUCUUAUGGGGAUCUGUGGUCAGGUUCUGAGAAUGGUAGUAUAAAGUUGUGGCCAUGGGAAUCAAUUGAAAGAGCUCUAUUUCUAACAACAGAGGAAAGGCACAUGACUGUUUUAACAGUGGAGAGGUCAUUUGUUGACCUCAGGAGCCAAGUUGCUGUAAAUGGAUUCAGUUGUAUAUUAAAUUCUGAUAUAAAGAUCUUGUUAUCUGAUAAGUGUAGAUCAAAAGUGUGGAGUUCUGGAUUUCUGUCAUUUGCAUUAUGGGAUGCUCACACAAGGGAGUUACUGAAAGUAUUCAAUAUAGAUGGUCAGAUUGAGAAUCGAGUGGAUAUGUCUUUGGUACCAGAUUUUUCGAUGGAAGAUGAGGUCAAGAUGAAGAUUGUUACUAAUUCAAAGAAAGAUAAAAUGCAGAGUUCCUUUGGUUUUUUCCAACGUUCACGUAAUGCCAUAAUGGGAGCAGCUGAUGCUGUUCGUCGAGUAGCAGCAAAGAGUGGCUUUGGAGAUGAUAACCGAAAAACUGAGGCAAUGGUCAUGACAAUUGAUGGAAUGAUUUGGACUGGAUGUGCAAACGGCUUAAUUGUGCAAUGGGAUACAAAUGGGAAUCGCUUGCAAGAUUUUCACUUUCAUUCUUCUGCUAUUCAAUGUUUAUGUACAUUUGGGUCAAAGAUAUGGGUAGGUUACAUGAGUGGAGUUGUCCAGGUAUUGGACCUUGAGGGUAAUCGGCUUGGAGGAUGGAUAGCUCACAGCAGUCCUGUGAUAAAUAUGGCUGUUGGGGCUGGUUAUGUUUUCACCUUAGCUAAUCAUGGUGGCAUACGUGGUUGGAAUGUCACAUCCCCUGGACAUCUUGACAACAUAUUGUCUUCAGAGUUGGCUGGAAAGGAGUUUUUAUAUACACGGAUAGAAAAUUUGAAAAUAUUGGCUGGUACGUGGAAUGUUGGACAAGAGAGAGCUACCCAUGAUUCACUUAUAUCAUGGCUGGGUUCUGCAGCUUCAGAUGUUGGCAUAGUUGUCGUUGGAUUGCAAGAGGUUGAAAUGGGUGCUGGUUUUCUUGCUAUGUCUGCUGCAAAAGAAACUGUAGGACUGGAGGGAAGUGCUGUUGGACAGUGGUGGCUGGAAAUGAUAGGAAAAACAUUGGAUGAAGGGUCAUCUUUUCAACGUGUUGGUUCUAGACAGCUGGCAGGAUUACUUAUUGCUGUGUGGGUGAGAAAUGAUCUUAGAGCUUAUGUUGGAGAUGUUGAUGUUGCAGCAGUUCCAUGUGGGUUUGGGCAUGCUAUUGGUAAUAAGGGUGCUGUUGGUUUGAGAGUUCGAGUGUAUGAUCGGGUAAUGUGCUUUGUCAAUUGUCACUUUGCUGCACAUUUAGAAGCUGUUAAUCGUCGUAAUGCUGACUUUGACCAUGUUUACCGGACAAUGAACUUUUCCCGACCAUCUAACCUUUUCGGUGCCUCAGCUGGUAUGCUGCCAUACCUGUUAUUAUCAUGCUGGCUUGCCUGCUCAGUGUAUUUAUUAUGGCUUGUUUAUAGAUCUGGCUUGCCAUUGGUUGUUGUUUCUGUUGCAGCUGGGGCUUUGUCUGCUGUUCAAAUGCUUCGCUCUUCAAAUGCUAUAAGUGGCCAAUCUGUAGAAGGAAUGCCUGAGUUAUCUGAGGCAGACAUGGUCAUUUUUCUUGGUGACUUUAAUUACCGGCUUGAUGGAAUAUCUUACGAUGAAGCAAGGGAUUUUGUUUCCCAAAGAUGCUUUGAUUGGCUUAGAGAAAGGGAUCAACUCCGAGCAGAAAUGGAAGCUGGAAAUGUCUUCCAGGGAAUGAGAGAAGCGGAUAUUAGAUUUCCUCCCACUUACAAGUUUGAAAGACAUCAAAUUGGUUUAGCAGGAUACGAUUCUGGUGAAAAGAAGCGCAUUCCUGCCUGGUGUGACCGAAUUUUAUACCGUGAUAGCCGGUCAACUUUGGGAUCUGAAUGCAGUCUCGAUUGUCCUGUUGUCUCUUCUAUUCUACAGUAUGAAGCUUGCAUGGAUGUAACAGACAGUGAUCACAAGCCAGUCCGCUGCAUAUUUAGUGUUGAUGUUGCUCGAGUUGAUGAGUCAGUGAGGAGACAAGAACUUGGUGAAAUAAUAGGGUCAAAUGAGAAAAUUAAAUUCAUUCUUGAAGACUUACGCCAGAUUCCUGAAACUAUUGUCAGCACAAACAACAUAAUUAUUCAAAACCAGGACACUUCCAUUCUGCGAGUGACAAAUAAAUGUGGGGAAAAUGAUGCUUUCUAUGAAAUAGUAUGUGAAGGCCAGUCCACCGUUAAGGAGGAUGGACAAGCUUCAGAUCGUUAUCCAAGAGGAUCACUUGGCUUUCCAAGAUGGCUCGAGGUCAUGCCAGCAACUGGCAUAAUCAAACCAGAUCAUAUAGCAGAAAUGUCAAUUCAUCAUGAAGACUUCCAGACAGUUGAAGAGUUUGUUGAUGGAGUGCCACAAAAUUGGUGGUGCGAAGACAUGAGAGACCAGGAAGUUAUACUGAUAGUCAAGGUUCGUGGCAGAUACUCAGCUGACACAAAAAAUCACCGUGUCCGUGUGCGCCAUUGCCACUCAGCGAAGACAAAAAAGAUUGACAACAAACCUAAUGAAUCUGGGCCAGUUCAAGGAAAUGCCCUUCCCCGGUCUGACUAUCAACGUCUCAGCAGUUCCUUCGACAUUGUUGAUCAGCUGCGAAAUUUGCAUAGUCCUUAGAAGCACAGCAACAACACUAUCUGCGCAAGAUUGCCUGCAUCUGUCAGUUACUCUAAUGUGAAGAUCAACAUGCUUUACUGAAGCAAUCAACUCCAUCUCAACAAGUGUUGUCAUUGUACAUAGCGAGGAUUUGGGUUGUGUUUUCUGCCUUUCAGACGUUUCAUUCAGCCUUCCUGGUGUCAAUUUUUGAAUGCCUAUUGAUUUCUUCAACUAAGUGUGAGCCAGUCUUGUAGAAAUUUCCUGGAUUGAAUUGGAGUCGGAUGCGUAAGUGUACAGAAAUAGCAAGCACAUAAGCAGACUGGAGGGGUUAAAUUUUCUACUCUUCAAAUUUUACAAUCCUGAUUGUUGAGUAAAUUAUAUGAUCACUAGAGUUAAAAAGGAAAUAUUAAAAAAAAAAAAAAAACUAAGGCUUUCUGCUUGUCUUAAUGUUGUUGUUAGUUAUUAUUGUUGUUGAUACAAGGGUAUUAUUUAUAUAAAUUGAUAUAUUUCUUUCUCA